GGGGGAGGAGGGCGGGGGGGCUCCUCCUCCUCCCGCCGCCGCCGCCACCGCAGGGCUCGGGGUCGCCGCCUCGAGGGGGGGGGCAAUGACAGCGGCUCCGGGACCCUCCCCGCAGCAGAUCAGGGACCGGCUGCUGCAGGCCAUCGACCCCAACAGCAACAUUCAUAACAUGGUGGCAGUACUAGAAGUGAUCUCCAGCUUGGAGAGGUACCCCAUCACCAAAGAGGCGCUCGAGGAGACGAGGCUGGGGAAGCUCAUCAACGACGUCAGGAAGAAAACCGAGAAUGUGGAGUUGGCCAAGCGGGCUAAGAAGCUGCUGCGGAACUGGCAGAAGCUGAUUGAGCCGGGGGCGCCCAGCGAGGGGGCCGCCAGGGGCCCGCCCAACCCGCCGGGGUCUGCCAAUGGCGGCGGGGCCCACAACUGCCGGGUGGAGACUCCUCCGGCGGGGGCCGGGCCAAAGCCCACGCAGGACGCGAAGGGCCGGAAUGACGUCCAGAAGCUGCACUCCCCAAAGCAGUUGGCGGAGAAGCCGGGGGCUCGGAAGAGGCGGGGGGAGCCGCGCGACGGCCUGGUGGGGGCGCCUCUCCUGCCUCUGCCGAAGGCCCCCAAGGCCUGCUUCGAAGUGUUACAGAACUCCUCGCCGCCCCCGACGAACGGGAUCGGGGGCGGCAGCCCAGACAGCUUCCCAAGCCCGCCGGAUGCCGGCCUGCCUGCCGAGCUGGCCGAGGGCGACAAGCUCAGCAAGAUCCCCAUCAACGCGGUGCGGCCCCACACCAGCUCCCCGGGUCUCUUCAAGCCCUCUGCCUCGUCCCUGCUGAAGGUGGCGCUGCUGGUCCAGCAGGAGAAGGAGGAGGCGCCCGCAGCCAGCCAGCCCAAGAGCCCCCGCUGCGCCUCUUUCAGCCCCAGGCACGUCCGGGCGGAAACGUUCUCCCGGCAGCACACCACCUACUCCCCUAAGGGCUCGCCGCCUGCUCCUUCCCCGACGAGGCCCCCGCCCGCCCCGGACACCCCCUCAGCGGCUCCCUUGUCGCCCCCUGCCCUCGUGCAGCCGGCGCUGGAGAAGCGGCUGGAGGCCCAUCCGCAGGCGGGGCUGGAGACGUCCCUUCACGGCAUCCAGGAGGCGCCGGCGGGCCGGCUGACCGCGGGGGCCUCGCUGAGCAGCGGGGCGGGCCCCCUCCCGGCGGAGCCCUUGCUGGCGGGCUUCUCCCCGGACGCGUGCCGGGCGGACAGCGACGGCGCCGCUUCGGGGUCGGACAGCAAGAAGAAGAAGAAGUACCGGCCCAAGGACUACGUGGUCAACCUGGACGGGCAGGCGCUGGAAGGGGGGGUCAAGCCGGUGCGGUUAAAAAAGGAGCGGCGGCUGACCUUUGACCCCAUGACGGGCGAAAUCAAGCCCCUGGCGCAGCGGGACUCCUUGCCGGCGGCCCACCCACCCCCUCUCCCCGAGCAGCAGCACAGGACAGGCGCAGGGGAGGCCACGGAGCCCAAGCCCCCCCUGCAGAGCCCCUUUGAGCAGACCAACUGGAAGGAGCUGUCCCGGAACGAGAUCAUCCAGUCCUAUUUGAACCGGCAGAGCAGCUUGCUCUCCUCUUCUGGGGUACAGACUCCGGGCGCUCACUACUUCAUGUCCGAGUACCUGAAGCAGGAGGAGAGCACCCGCCGGGACGCCCGCAAGACCCACGUCCUGGCGCCCCACAGCAAGCCCACGGACUUGCCCGGGGUGACCCGGGAGGUGACGCGGGGCGACCUCGACAGGAUAUGCGGGCGCCACUGGCCGGGCGUGAAUGGUUGCUACGACACACAGGGUAACUGGUAUGAUUGGACGCAGGGAAUAUCCCUCGACCCGCACGGGGACGACGGGCGCCUCAACGUCCUGCCUUAUGUCUGCCUGGACUGAUCGCCGGUUUGCCGGGAUGCUUCUGACGCAAGUGGGGGGGAGUUCGGUGCGAGCAGGCAGGUGCGGCGACAGCUGCCCACCCCUCUGCCCCCCGUUGUGCUGAAAAAAGGCUCAUCCAGCA